GUGUGCUUGGCUCUGCCCCAGCACACUACAAGCUGGAUUUGAUUACAUUCAGGACAAAAUAACCCCCCCCCCACCCCCCUCCCCAUCCAGCAACCUGCCCAGACCAGGUGACCCUCAUCUGGACCUGCCACUCCACCUGGCCUGAGGAGGAGAAGAGGAGAGGGGUUCGAAGAAGAAGAAGAAGAAGAACAACACCUGACAGAUUACAGGAGAAGAAGAGGAGCAGCAGGAGAAGUUUGUGUCUCGUGCUGGCUGGAGAAAAUGAUCCUGUGGCUUCUCCUGCUGAUGUCUCCCUGCUGUUUGGCUGUGAAUGGAGCUGCAGCAGGACUGGGGAGGAUAGAGCGAUGUGACACCAGGUGUUCUCAGGGUCUUCACUGCAAGACCAAGCCAGAUUAUUUGUUCCCUCCUCCGUGUCAGACCCCCGCUGACGGCCUCAGCACCUCCUCUGUGUUCCACAACGUCAGCCUCUCCACGGUCAUGAGUUGUGAGGGGAGGCAGAAGUGCUCGCUGCACCUCAGAAUAAAAACCGGGUUGCAUCUCGCUGAGUCCAUUCAUGGCGUGUCCAUCUGCACCGUCACCACAGGGAUGAUGUCCACCUGCCGAGUCGUCAGCUUCACGAGAGCGUCCAGACAAAGAAUGUCUGGGUUGCAGGUGGUGGUUGAGAAUGAUUGCACUGUCGUUUCUCCGGGCCAGAAAGUCAUGGUGACGGUGAAAACUGUGCUGAGCUACUGCGGCAUAGCCUGGACGGGCACCUAUGAAGCUCCAGACUGCAUCAGUGAAGAUUUGCAAAGACAUGUCCCAGAAUGCAUUACUGGGAGGCUGUCGUACGACGUGAACCCGCAGAGGAAGGAGCUGAGUGUCAGCGUGGCAGACAUGCUGGAAGACCACGACUACCACCUCCGUCUGUGCCAUAAGGAUUUCAUAUGCAUUGGCACAGGGGCAAAUACAGUGAUUAAGAAGGAGGAACUCGUGAAGAGCGCCACCCUUCCGUACUCCCGACCUUUGCCCUGCCUCUGCAUCGAGGGAUGGUCUGCUGUGAUGGACGCCCCCAGAGUCCAGGUCUGCCCCUUCAAAGAACGCCUCGAGGAGCUGUGGUUUGGAAUUACUUUCGACCCGCUGGAGGGGACGCUGUCGUGGGAGCCCGCCUGUCCGGUGACCGCCGUGGUCGCGUUGUGUCAGGAAGGCGAGGGCGGCGUCUGCGUGGAUCUGCCCAACGCAGCCCAGAAUGUCAGCAGAGAAAAGAUAGCGUUUACUAAAGUGGAUCCGCACCCUCGACUGUGCAUGAAGUUUACUGCAGGGUCCCAGUCCUGGACCAGGUGCCCUUUUACUGAUGCAAGAUUCCAAGCGUGGGAGGUGGUCGCCACCGGGAGACAAGGCCACGAAGACGUGAAGAUGUUGUCACAGAUCGCCGCAGAGUUUUCCGUGGGGCUGUGUGAGAGAUCCAAAGGCUCUGCCGUGUGCCAGAUCACCGAAACGCACACCAUACAUGCGGAGAAGAAUAAAGCUGUGGGCUUAAACCUGACAGGGAAACUGUGCGACUCUUGUCUCCAGGUGAAGAGGCUCGAUGUGAAGUUUGCCGCCACGGUCGUUCACUGUCUUCAGCAGUGCAAUCAAUCAUCGCACCUCAAACAUGCUAUCUCCAGCCAAUCCACUUGGAGCUGGACCUGGGUCGUUCUACCAGCUGGUGUUCUCCUCUCUGCCGUCAUAAUUGUCACCGUGGUGCUUCACAUACUGUUGACCGUGUAUCGGAGGAGGAAACAGAAAAGAAAUGGAGGAUGUGCGUUUGAAAGGCAAACCGAUCCUGCUUUUGAGUGUGUGGCCCCUGCAUUACAAACUAAACCUGUUGUCCACGGAGGGGUCCUCGUGCCUGAUUCGCCGCAGUACGUGAACACUGAGAGGGCCAAUUUAAUCUCUGACUGAUGGAAGAACGGUGCCCCGGUCAAGUGUUACCUGUAAAGUGCAGUAUGAAACUGUAAAGAUGUUACACGAACCAGAUAAGUUCUCUGUUGAACGCAGUGUACAAUGUUGAGACAGAUAUUUCAAACGUUACGCAUGUUACUGUAUACGUAUGUGCUGCUUAGUAUGCUUGUUAUAGACAUUGGCUGUUGUUUAUGUAUUCUGUGUGGUGUUUUUUGGUGAAAGUUCAUGUGUAUUAAACCUGCAGUGCGUAACUUUUUACAUGUAAAUUUACGUCAGUUUCUCUGCCGAAAGAGUUCACACAAUGCUGAUUAAGCCUAUCAUCGCCAGGUAAAUCUCUCGCACCGGUAGCGAUGUGUUUUACAUCAACCAGCAAAUGAUUGGUUUGCCUGCGCUGAAGGGCGGAGCAACGGUAGCGGACGGAGCAAGCGGAGUAUGGCGGAUUCUGUGGCGGGAAAAACCUAAGAAGCCUCCAAGAAAAGUUUGUGAUGCUCCAGAUAAAGACACAAAAGUUCCCCACUGCAGGUUUAAAGUUCAAAUAUUCAUUCAGCUUGCAGCUAAACGGUUUCCGUCCUAAUUUAAAUGUCUAUUUUCAAUAAAAAAAACCAAAACCUGCUGAUUUUAUUUUAUUUUUUUUACUUCUUUUUAGUUCACCAUAAUUUUAAAUGUAAUAAUGUUUCCUAUCUAAUUUUACUUGUAUUAGAUGCACACAGCGGCUACAUGCAGCAGAUCACUCACAACAUUAUGUAGGGGAAAUGUCGAAAUAUGGCAGAAUCACCGCUUUACCACACCAAGACUGUUGCCACACUGGAAUUUACGACAGUCAUGUCCCACUGUAUUGCAAGGUGUUGGCGUUAUUUUGUCCACACCCAAAGGCAACAGGUCUGCUUUGGUGUUUAAACGUAUCAGUUUCCAAGAAAUCACUUUUCACACCUCUUUGUUUGCACACUUGUUCAGGCAAGCCAGUGUUUGCUGCGCCUCAUCCUAUGCACAUAACUUGGAAUUGGAAACAUGAGCCAAGGCAAAUGCUGAGGUUGUUUUGUGAUUGCUGAACGUGUAAAUAAGCAGCGGCUGGCCAACGUGCUCGCCGUAUCUACUGACAGGUGAUCAUAUGUGGCAGAAAAAUCUGUUAGAGCAGGUUUAAAUAACACAACUGAUGCAUAUGUACCCAUGUAUACACAAAUAAUUCAUGGAGGUGUAGAUUUGUGGGAUGACAGUACAGCUAAUUCUUUUUCAGAAUCUCAUGAUCUACAUAAAAAUCAUCAAGCUAUGAAACACACAUUUCACUGUUUGCAUAUCAUUUCCAUUAUUUACACUGCAAGAGUAUUAAAAGCAUUUAAAAAGGG